UAUUAACACGGUGAAAACAAGCGAAGCGGAGUGACAUUGGUGGGACCGCCCCUCCAUUUCAGCUGCCAAACCGCAAACCUCCGUUGCCUUUUUGCAAUUCCAGUUCUUUCCUCCUCCAGAUCUACUUCGCUCUAGGAAAACACAGCCCUCGUCAUUUGAGGCUCGCCGCCACUACGCUUCGUUGACGCGAUGAAGCCGGUUCAGCAUCAAUAGAGAUGAUUCGCUCCAUCACUACCACGCAGAUUCAUGCUUGGUCUUGAAGAAGAACGAUGCGAUCACAGUUGAGCUCGAACUGCGUGUUUACAGUAAAUUCAUCGUCUUUUCGUGCAAGACCAUGCGAAACUCCUGCACCACCUAAAACACGAUCGCGUUUCACUUCUUCGUCCAUCCCUCACAUGGAGUCCCCGCUACUAUCCUCUGCUUAUGCAGUCAUCCCGUCGUCGUCUGCUUCUUUGCCGCUGUCACGUGGCUUACGCAAUCACCGCUCUUCAACGACGUCCGGUACCUCGUCUGCACCUUGUGUGACGUUCACUUCGCGCUCCUGCUUUUCGCCUGCUAUUCGGCCGUGUGCUCUAGGGAUCUCGCAGCCUUCGUCUUCGUCUGCCUCGCGCAAUGGGCACGCUCGGGCAUCGCCAGGAAGCAACCAUCAUCGCCGCAUGCCGCUCGGCGAACGCCGGCCGGCCGGUGACGCGGCCAUGCGGCACUGCGCUGGCCCGCGCUCCGCUGGCAGCAGCCGACGCCCAACGCUGCUUCCAGCUCUCGCAGCGUGGCUGGCGGUGCUGAGCGGUGGUGCGCUGGCGUCACCGGGCGUCACCGGACCAGCCAACAACGCGUCGGUGCGGUUCCUCGUGUUCGGCGACUGGGGUGGUCUGCCUUUCUACCCGUACACGACGCGCAUCCAACGGAACCUGGCCAAGACCAUGGCGGUCGUGGCAGCUGCCAAGCGCAUCGACUUCGUCCUCUCUCUCGGGGACAAUUUCUACUUCAAGGGUGUCCGUUCGGUUGACGACCGACGCUUUAAGGCACGUACUCUAAAGAGGACCUUUGAGGACGUGUACUCGGCGCCAUCGCUUCAAGUUCCGUGGCUCAUCGUGGCUGGAAACCACGACCAUGACGGCAACGUGUCGGCCCAGAUAGAGUACAGCAAGAGGUCCAAGCGCUGGCACUUCCCGUUCUACUACUACAAUAAAACUUACCAGAUUCCGGGUGCGGCUAACCAUACCUUGGACAUCCUGAUGCUGGACACAGUGUUGCUUUGCGGAAACACAGAUCCGGAUGAUGAAGAGUCUCAACCUGUGUUGCUGAACAGGAACGAGGCACUCUACAACCGACAGUUCCGUUGGAUCAACAAAAUCCUUGCACAGUCUGAAGCCCGCUACGUGCUGGUCGCCGGCCACUACCCCAUCUACUCAGCCUGCUCUCACGGGACCACUAAAUGCCUUGAGAGAGACCUGGACCCCCUGCUACAAAAGUACCGUGUCAACGCCUAUCUGGCAGGGCAUGACCACGACCUACAGUGGAUCUUCUAUUGUGGAACCAUACUCAUCAAUUAUUAUUGCUGCUGUUUUAGUGAGCACAUUCGUCCUGAGCGGCUCGGAUGGAACGUGGAGUAUUUCGUCAGUGGCUGCACCAACUUCAUCAACCCUUCGUUGAUACACCGGCGCUCCCUUCCUCGGAACUCUCUAAAGUUCGCCUGGGCCUCUGUGUUCAGCUACGGUGGGUUCGCCUACAUGGAGGUUGCAGAAGACUCCAUGGUGAUCACUUUCUAUGACUCCGGUGGCAAAAUCCUCCACGAGAACGUCAUGAAACCCAGGCCGCCUGCCGCCGAACAUGAAAAAUCACGCCGCUGAAUGCGACUGUCCCAGUGCUGCUGCCACACGCUACUUCUGUUGUCUUUUUCAUGUGAUUUCCUUAUUUCCUUAUGUUAUUCCUGUUUUUCAAUAUUUCCUUAUUGUUGCAAUUCGGACCGUCAUAAAUUUCUCCCGCAUAAAGAAAGAAGUGGCCGAAUGUA